AUGUUCAAAAUAUAUUUUUACUUGUUGUUGAUUAUAAUUACAGUGAAUCAUAAAAGUAAUGCUUCUCGGUGUACUAUAGCCGAAGUAUGUAUAACUGAUCUUUCUCAAAGUGAAUGUGGCCCAGGGCUUCCACUGACUCCCUAUGCAAGUAUACAUGGUUGCUGCCCUGGUUGUGGAGAACCUAGUGAGGGUGAUAACAACAAUAGCACAGAUAUUCCUAUGGGAGAAUGCAAACCCCCCUCUAACUGCUUACCGGAUGGACGUUACGCACCUGUGCAAUGCAAAGGCGAUAUAUUCGUUGGAAGAUGUUUCUGUUCGGAUGCAGAAGGCAACAGAAUAUUUGGACAAAUGUGGAAAAAUCAAGCGGAGCAGAUGACUUGUGCUUGCAGCCGAAAAAGGAAUGAAUUAGAAAAAUCUCGAAAUAAACUGUCCACCCUGCAUUGUUCGAGCAACGGUGAUUACGAGCCGUUGCAGUGUGAUGAAGGCAUGUGUUGGUGUGCAGAUGCCAGAACAGGACAACCCACAGUUCCUCCCGUGCCAGAAGUUGACAUGAAACUGUUGCCUUGUCAUAGCGUCGCGACUAUAGGAGAAAAUUAUCUUCGAAGGUGUGAAAGCAUAGUCCAUGCUCUAGCCACUAUAAGUAGAGAACAAUCUGAACACGGUACAUUUUUCUUGGGAAAUCCAAUAACAUUCUGUGACUAUGACGGAAGCUAUGGACCUUAUCAAAUACAAAAUGGAAUCGCUUAUUGCACCGGUCGGGACGGUAAAAUAUUGGGAUCUUGGCAAGUCGUUGCCAGUGAAAUGGCUGGAAUGAAUUGCAACUGCGCACGUGACUCGAUAAUGUAUUUUCCCGACAGAGGAAUGACAGUUUCAGAAGUGUGCUUACCAAACGGAAACUACCGACCUAAUCAAAACGCAGGAAAUGUAACUUAUUGCGUGGAUUCAGAUGGAUACCCGUUGGAGGAUAGAGAGGACUGGCCUCAGGAAUGCCUACGAAAUAAU